UUGUUGUUGUAGUAAGAAGGAAGUCAUAAAUAAUGAGAUUGAAUAAACACAAUGAGAUGAAAGACACAUGACAAAUUCGUUAGACAAGUAUUAAAACACGAUAUCGGUGAUUCUGAUUCUGACCCAUCCAUCCAUAAGGAUGAACGGAAAGAAGAGCUAAUAAUUCCAACAUCAUCAAAUCAUACCCACUUACUCACUCUCUUUCUUACUUUUUCUAUUCUUUUCUGCUAUAGUACCAAUUUACCACUACAGCACAAAAAGAGACCCAGAAUCUCGCUCUGUCUUAUGUAACUCACUCCACCACACACACUUUUUUGUCUAUCUUAAGGUUGUCGUGUUUUUCAUUUCACACUCUUAUUAUAUUGAGUCUUUGUUUUCUUGAAUAAAAAAAUAACAGAGCAAUGGUUUGUGAAGAAUCAUCAUCGACGAUUCAGCUUCUCAAUACUGCUACUGCUGAUUCAUCCUCUUUUGCUGAAUCCAGUUUCCGUGAACUCGAUGAUGCAUUCUUGCAGACUCAAACCAGAAUAUGGCUUGGAGAAGUUUUGCAGAUAAGAUUGGAUGAUCAAAUUCUUACAUCAGAGUUACUUGCUGAUGGAGAAUUGCUGUUUCAAGUAUCAAAAGUAAUGUGGAAAUUGCUGUUGGAAAAGCAUAUGGAGCUUAGGAACAUAAAAACAUACAAAAAUCAUCCAUUUUCUUCUAAGAGAAACAGUGGCAUGUAUAGGCCUUAUUCAAAUGUUGAUUCAUUUCUCAAGAUCUGUAAAAUCUUGGGGUUGACUGGGAUCGAUCUCUUCACUCCGUCAGAUGUAGUUGAGAGAAAAAAUACUCGAAAAGUUUGUAUGUGUAUACGUUCAUUCUCGAAAAAAGCAAGGUCUAUGAGUAUAAAUGUUCCAGAUUUUGAUAUUGUGACAUGUAUGGUAGCCAUGCCGAAAGAUAUGGUUGGAUGCAUCCGCCGAAGCAUAGAGCUGUCUCAUGUAGAUUCUUCUAGUCAACACUUACAGAAGCUUGAGAGACGAAAAUCUAGUCAGGGUUACUCAGUUACAAGCUCCAAUAGGGAUUACAUGACCUGUUCAGACCCUGCUAAUGACACAGAAAUCUUGCUUCAAUUUCCUGAAUUACAUGCUGAUGACUUGAACGAUUACAAAUCAGAGAUAAGCUACAAUAUACCAUCUGUAAUGGGUGAAAGUGAUUUUGUGUCCGAAGAUUUAGAUCAGUUGGAUGCUCAAAAUCAACCAAGAAAUGAGAUUUCUAAUGAUGAGUGUGAGUUGUUAUCCCCAACGGAAUCAUUAGAAUAUCAUUACUCUGACAAUAUAGAAAAUGAACAUGAUUGCAAGCUGGCUUGGCUGUCAACUUCUCGUGGAGAUCAUUUUGAUACUAGCGUAGAGCAAGUCCAAGAAAGUAGGAUCAUAGACUACGAUUACUUUGAGCAUGCUUUGUUUAGAAAUAACGCUUCUGUCACCGGGACUCCUACAAAUGACAGAACAUCAGCUAUUGAUGCUACAUUAUUUGCAAAAGAUAAAAAGGAUUCUGAUAUGAUUGGUGAAAUAAAUAGUACACCAAAUGUACAUCAAUCUGUUAGCUCUUACGGUUUAGACACAACUCCACAUUCUGUUGAAAUAGGUAGAUGUUAUGAUAAUUCUGAUAAUAUGGAGGUUCUGCAAGUAGCAGGCGUAAACUCUUUGGCAAGGGAACCACUGAAUCUGGGAGAUUUAUUUGAUGCAGAUAAUAAUGAUCAGAUAAUCGAGUCCUUUGAAUCAUACAAUGACAAGAAUGGUCAUUGGGACAAGAUAAAAGAAUAUGAAGCUCAAGACAUAAUGAAAUUCAAGGAAUUGGCAUAUGAGAUUGCUUCUAAUGCAAGAAAUUCAUAUUCUGUAAAUAAAUUUGAGGAAAUCGAGCAUUCAUUAUAUUCUCCUGAUUGUUACUCUUGCAAUACUAAUACUUCAGAUAGACUUGAACUUCAUAAUAAUGACAUUAGCUCAAGUCUACUGAAAAAGUAUCUAGUAGAUGAAGUCAUGGAGUCACCAAUUGAUUCGAGGUGCUUGGAUAACGCUAGUUGCGACCAAUAUGAGGAGCUUCUGUCGAGCCACUCUUAUGAUUUACCUGAGUUUUGUAAAUGGGAUCAAAAAGGAAAAAGCCCUACAACAUCAAAUAGAGUGAAAGAAGAUAGCCAAAGUUCCACAUAUUUUUCGGAAAAUGUCCCUCAUAACGAAACUGCAGCACCUAAUAAACAAAAGGAUUCUGAGGUAAUGAUGUCCAACAUUUUGUUAUCUUGCAUACCAAGCAAAGAAGGUAUAGUUAGUGCAGCCACUAUUAAGUUGGACAGUGAUAGUACACUAAACAAUGGUUGUUUGAAUCUUGCAUCUAAAUCUCUAGGUGUAGUAGAUAAAUAUGAAAAAAGUCCCACUCAAGAUGAUGAGACUAAUGAUUCCGACAUUGGAAAUGGAGGUCAGAGAAUGCAACAUAUGGUAACCAAUGAUGUUGUAGCUCCUACCAAAUGUGAUGUAGAUGAUCAAAGCUCAAAACUUGAAUACAACGAGGCUCAUCAAACAUCUCAAUACGACACGAAUCAUAUUUACCAUCCAGAACAUUCUCUGGUGCAUAUUAAAGAAGAACUAAAACCAGAAGAUGAGACAGAAGACGGUGGAAUAGAAAUACCGAAAUCAAAAUCCCAAAAGAAGCUACUGUUAAGAUCAGUCUUGGGUGGUGCCACUGCUGUUGGUUUGUUAUUCAUGUUUCUCAACCUAAGGAAGAAUGUUGGAGAAAAAGCUGUACAACCAAGUAAGACAUCUAGUCAUAAGAACAAAGAGAAUAUUCAGAAAAAUUCAACCAAGAAAGUGAAUAUGAUAAGUACAACAAAAGAGGUUUAUCCAGCUGAAAAGCUCCAAUUAAAGUGAUUGGAAUUUUGGUCUCUUUUGAGACUGUGGAUCAUAUAUUUCAGCACUGAUAGAUUAGAUAGGUUUUAGUUUUUUUUUAGUAUAAAAAGUUCUAUAGUUGAGACAAUAAUAUGAGAUGAAGCACAAAUAAAAGGUAAAAGUUCAAGUGUAAGAAAACAUGUCUCAUACAUGGAGAUAUAAUAAAAAAAACAUUGAAUCUAAAUUGAAAAUUUUAAAUAAGUCUAAAACGGAAUUACCUUUUUAAAACAACAUUUUUCA